GCGCGGCGCGAGGCGAGCGCAGGAAGGGGAGGCGAUGCUGCCGGGGGACCAGACCGCGGGCGGUGAGCAAACCCGGGCGCCGAGAGCGGGAGCAACCUCGCAGCUCUGCCCCUUCCAUGCUGCCCCAGCGCCGCUGCGCAGGGAGGCGGGUGGAGGAGGAGAGGGAAGGGUUACCCGGCACGGCUGCCUGUUAAAGAGAAAUAGCUCAGCUGGCUCUGGAGGAUGAGCAGAAGGAGCUAUUGCAGAUAAGCGCCGGCGAGCUGAGGAUGUGAGAGCGGGCUCGCUGCUGGUGCGGGAGCCGGAGCGGGGACCACCGAUGGUCACCGGCCCCCCGAGCCCCUCGGCGAGCCCCGUGCACCCUCGGCCUCUCGCCUCUGCUGGGCUUCGAUGACCAUCGGCAGCAGCAUGAGCAGCGGGUACUGUAGCUUGGAUGAAGACCUCGAGGAUUGCUUUUUCACAGCAAAAACCUCUUUCUUCCGGAACGCGCCAAGCAAGGUCCCUGCCAAGAAUGUAACACAAACAGUAGAAGAAGAAAAACCUGAGCCUCCGACCAUCCAGGAGAUCAAACAGAAAAUUGAAAAAUACAAUGCAAAAGUUACAAACUGCCUGUUGAUGAAGCUGAACGACGAUGGGACGUACACAGGUUUCAUUAAAGUGCAUUUGAAACUGCGCCGCCCCGUGACGGUACCGGCAGGGAUCCGGCCGCAGUCCAUCUACGACGCCCUCAAGGAGGUGAACCUGGCCGAAAUGACGGACAAGAGAACCUCGUUCUACCUGCCGCUGGAUGCCAUCAAGCAGCUCCACAUCAGCAGCACGACGACGGUGAGCGAGGUGAUCCAGGGGCUCCUGAAGAAAUUCAUGGUGGUGGAUAAUCCUCAGAAGUUUGCACUUUUCAAGGAGAUGCGGAAAGAUGGGCAAGUGCUCUUCCAGAAGCUCCCCCUCUCCGAGUACCCCCUGUACCUCCGGCUGCUGGCGGGCCCCGACACAGACGCGCUCAGUUUUGUGCUGAAGGAAAACGAAACGGGGGAAGUUGAGUGGGAUGCGUUCUCCAUCCCGGAGCUACAGAACUUCUUGAUGAUAUUGGACAAAGAAGAAAAGGAGAAAAUCCAGCAAGUGCAAAGGAAGUAUGAGAAGUUUAAACAGAGACUGCAACAGACCUUGAAAGAAGCCCGAGGCAAGCCUGGAUAACCUUCAGGAGGCACUGGGCAUCAGACUAAGCUAGAUAUUAUUUUUAAAAUGAAAAGACACUUCUCAGGACACCUUAUAGUAGUCAGUCUCCCUCUUCAUCCUUCCAUUAAGGUCUGGCUCACAGCACCCCUAAAAUGAACAUAUUGCAUUUUCUUCUUCUGAAACCUCUUAUCCCAGGACCAGAGCCAGUCAAAGAAUGGGAAGGGUGGUUUAAAACUCUGCCCGUCAACAAACCAAACAAACACAGCUGCUGGUUCGCUUUUCAGCUGUACCAUCAGAUGGAGAAGCUUUGCGGAAAACGCUCAGCGUCAAACCCGACAGGAACAUCUACUGGCUAAUGUUUUGAGCAGGGUACCGCUUGCUGUUCACACUCCUCCCAGCAACUUGCUUGUUCUGGUUCGGAGGUGCUGCGGCUCAUUGCGUGUGCCCACGUGGCCGAGUUCUCAUUUCGUAAGUAGAGCACAGGAAGCAGCAGAUAACGCGGAGGAGGUGGUUGCAGCAAACCACGUGGGUGUUGCAGCUGUAACCAACGCCGGACAGACUUGUUCAGGGCUAAGAUAGCCAGGGAAAUGUACAGUUAUGACACCAAGGCAGCUGCAACACCCAGAGAGUUUGUUAGUAAGUAUUACUGAAACUUGGUAAUGUUAAUUCCUGGAAAAGUCAUUCAUUUUGAUUCUAUUUAACUUCGUUUUGAAAACAGAUGUGAACUACAGCAAAUACCCCUGAUGCUUAGCUAAGUUAGCAAGUGUUUUACCAGUUUUCUACUCUGUAGGAUUUGGGACCUACAUUUUAAGAAAUUCUGUUUGAAAAGUGUAAAGAUGACGGUUGAGGCAUAGGCCGAUGGUUCGAUAUUGAACAUUUAGCAAUAGAUAUCCAACAGACUAACCCAGGAAAACUCAAAACCCCUUUCACAAAUCAAACCGAUUUUGAGCUCUGAACCGGUCUGGCGCCGAGGGAGAGGAGCUCCAACCAGGGCCAGGGUGUGGAGGUGGCACCAGGAGCAGAGGCUGCCGGCGUGUGACAGCCUUAGCGCCAGGAUGAGUAAGGCAACCCUUCGCCCCCACUGCGCUCUCGUGCUCCGCUUCCUCCUGCAAACCCUCCCGGCACCGCUUUCCCACCGCUUCUGUCCAUGACACGCUGUCCUCUCCCUCCCCGUGCCACCCCAAAGGUGUCGUGUUCCCCUUCCCCCCCCCUCCCUGCUCGCAGUCGGUGCUCUGCCUGCCUCUCCGGGAAGGGUACCCGGUUUUGCUCUCUAUGUGGAGCCGGGAGAGGACAGCGAGCCCCUCUCUCAGGGCUCCCACCGUCUCCGACGCGUGCACUGCACAUCCUUCAUAAAAAUCCUCGAGCUGGAGCAUCGGUUACUGCCGUAACUCUCACCAGAGCCCCCGAUCGUGCUGCUGCCAUGCCGCGAUGGCUGAAGGGCAAGGGAGGCCCCAGCGGUGCCAGGCGGAGAGAGGAUGGGCCCCAUGUUUGCUCUCGGUGCUUUGUAUCACACGGCCAGGCUCAGUCUUCCCUCUGUUUACACAGGCGUGCAAGCAAAGUGUAACGGGGAAAAGGAACGUUGAUACUAGCCGCGUUCAGGUGGAGCGUUGUGGAAGGGUUUCAGAUUGACUGGAUGAACACGUGUCCCUCUGAGCUGGCUGUAGGCUGCUGUGAUCCCACCUGCGUGACGCGGGGAGGGAGGCAACGGGUUAUCGGGUAACAGUUACCACAGAGACAACGUGGAAGAGUCUAAAAUUUACCUCAGUGCCUUUUUUUUCCUUAAGUCUGAAAACUUUGCAUUUGGGCUAAGGAGGAAGCUGGAAGGGGCUUUUGUCAAAAGGCCUUGUCGCUCCUGUCCUCACAAUUACCUAAGGUAAAGUACUGUUGUGAUGAGGCUGCUUUUGUCCGUAGAGGGAUGAGGAACUGUUUUGUUUCCUUCCUGAAGGUGACUGCUUGGGAUUUUUUUUUUUUUUUUUUCCAGAUUUACACUUGAGUGUGAUUGUUUUUAAACCAUAAAAGAGUAACUGGAUCACUUAAGGCCCCUCGUUUUGUAUAAAUGCCACCUUCUGCAAGCUUAGUUCCAGCUCAUGUUUUAGUCAGUAGUGUCCAAGGGUUUGCCAACAGGGCUGUGGCCUCUGGCACGCGGUGCGGGACGGGUCCCCCAGCUGUACUGUACUCUACACCCAGAUGACCUUUAACAGCGUGGCAGCAGCCCCACUAGAGCAGCAGUUCUCAUGCUUUGGUGCUGUUUGUCCAUUUACAAGAAUACUUAUUACUUCACAAGUGCGUAGUGAAGUAAUCUAAGUACAUUUAUCUAGUGCUUUCAGUCUUGACAGCACUGUAUAAAUACUUCUGUUCAGUCAUGAGGAAGAACACUGACUGUAAAAACUGCCAUUGGUUCUGAGAAGUAAGAUCCAGACGCUUGGUUUUGAAUCCCUUAUCUUUCUGGCUAAAAGUUGUAAAGAUUUCUUUUUGUUGUUGUUUUCUACUGGAGUUUUGGUGAUUGUCUCCCUCUCCCUCCCUGGAACCCAGCAUGUCUUUGACAUUUUGUAGAAGGCAUGGCUUCUUAUGCAAUUACUGUGAAUGCUGCUGAAAACCUCCUGCAAAGAGGAGGGCUCUUUCUUUUGGUUUUUCAAGAUAUGGGGCAUCUGAAGAAUUGGUAGAUCUUGAAACUCAAAGUCUCAACUGUCAGUUGAGCUGUGUUUGGGAGAGAAGUACUGGCCCCUUCCUUAAGCGCAAAAUACUGUUGGCAGUGCCUUUGGUUAGUAUAUUGUUUUGCCUAGUUCGUGUGAAUUUAUUUUUCAUGUCUAAUGUAAAACCUGUAAAAUAAUGUGUAUAGAAUGGAAUAGUAAAGCUUCUAUGGCAAAGUGAAAUGCAUUUUUGCAAUGCUGUAAUUUAUUUUUACUACUACCUAGUAAUUCCAGGGCAUUUUUAAAAAAUGUCUCACUUCCAGCUUUUUCGGAGGUUCUGAAACUACUUGUUCAUAUGUAGACAGUGUAAAAGACAACUAUAAUAAAACUGUCAGUAAUUAAACAAA